UUACCACUGUACAGUAUUUCCAUCAUGGCAGGCAGUAAGUUGGUAUUAGAGGCUAGAGUAAGUAUAAAUGGCUUUAUCUUAGGGCUUAGCGUGGUUGUAAUUCCUCUGAUCAGAACCUGGUUUGGACGUCACGACUGGGUCUUUGAUUAUCUGACCGAGACUCCCGGGAAAAUUGCGAUUUCUUCUCAUAUUGCCCUUAUUAACGGCCUCUUACUUCUGAUAUACAAGGGACCUCUGUACAAGGUUGCUGUGAGAGCCUGCUUUUUGGGAGUGACCUUUGGCUGUGGUUUAAUUAUAACCUUCUCUGAAACCACUUGGACACAUUUUGGCUGGUACAUGUGUUCCCUGUCGUUCUUCCAUUACUCCGAGUAUCUGGUAACGGCUAUCAUCAACCCUCGCAGCCUGUCGUUGGACUCAUUCCUGCUCAACCACAGUGUGGAGUACACGCUGGCUGCUGUCUCAUCAUGGGUGGAGUUCAUUGUGGAGAAGCUGACCGUUCCAGAACUGAAGCAACUCAGCUGGUUGAGCUUCUUGGGUCUCUUCAUGGUUCUGUGUGGUGAAGGAUUACGGAAGGCGGCCAUGUUGACAGCCGGUUCCAACUUCAAUCACAUUGUCCAGAAUGAGAAGGCCCAAAGCCAUGUGCUGGUCACCAGUGGGGUCUACGCCUAUUUCAGACACCCCUCCUAUGUGGGCUGGUUCUACUGGAGCAUAGGAACACAGGUGAUGCUGUGUAACCCACUGUGUAUCCUGGCUUACACAAUAGCCAGCUGGCGGUUCUUCCGGGAGCGGAUAGAGGAGGAGGAGCUCUCCCUUAUCCAUUUUUUCGCCGAGGACUAUGUUGAGUACAAGAAAAGGGUUCCCACUGGGCUGCCCUUCAUCUCAGGCAUCCGUGUCAACUAGACCGAGGAGGUGGAUGCUGGACGCAAUAGACUUAAAGCUCUAAAGCGAGUCAGACCUGAUGGGUGGGUGUGUGUCUGGGCACGGCCCUCCCGAGGUAAAACCCUGCAGCUGACUGAGAGUCCGUAGCUCACAGGCAGAAACCAUGAUAGCUGCGACAGUGUCAGGCUGCUGGACUGCUGUUUUUAUAUCAACCUCCAACAUUCAGUUUAAGGCCAGACAAGCUGCACUCUUCUACAUGUGUCCCGUUUCAUUUAUUUCUCACGUGUCAUUUGUACACUUGUAGCACGCUUUGUGUUCUCACUGAUUACCUGUGUUGUUUGAGAGUGAUAUGAUCAUUCUCUCAGGGGUUAGUAGCAAAUGUUUGGACAGGAAAUCAACCAGGUUCAAAAUCAUUAGUGUACAAAUUCUUGUAGUACUUCUCCAUUAAAGCAAACUAUUUUUGAUAUGAGACAGACCCACACAGAGACUCAUUAUAUUCAAGUCCUGAUGUCUAAGUCUGUGUUUAUCAUCACCAUGUUUCCAGUGGCAGAUGUGCAGAAUAAAUGUCUGUUUAUCCUCUGAAUCUGGAUUUAAAUGAACAAGUCAGAUUGGUUGGGAAUGUUUACAUUUUCUUUCUAAACAUGUCCAAUUCCACAUCGUCCCUGCUAAUCCCAGUUUGUCCAAUCACACCUCUUCAUGUGAAACCUGCAGUCAGGCGUUGCUAUUAGGUGUAGUGUCAGCAUAUAAAUAAAAAGACUUUUUGUAGCCUCAUCUGUAGUGUGAAAAGACCAAAAUUACAAAGAGUGAAGUUCAGUAGCACAGGUUGGCUCAGUGCGCAUCCUCAAAACAUGUGAUCUGGUUUAAAAGGAGUUGGACAAUAAAACAUGUCAUGAUUUAUGGAGACAAAUAGUCCCAAUUCUCCCUUUGUACCUCAGCUUUUCUCCUUUUUUUUGAGCUGUGAGCAGAGAGGAAGAUGAGCAGAGGUGUUUAAUAAGACCAAGGCCUCACUUUGAAGUGACAUUUGUUCAAUUUUAAAUGUUAAUGAGCACUUUUAUAUUUACUCUUAGUUCCAUUUACAACAUGACACAGUGUGACAAGAGCGUACGAAUACCAUACAGUUCGGUUUAGUUACACUCUUACAGAGCAUUUCAUCGUCAUAUAUGACUGACUGCAAACGUAGACCUUCAUAUGUAUAUUGUCCCUGUUUGCGCCUCCUGUAAACCUGUGAUGUGACUUAGAGGCAGGACAGGCAAGAGAAGUGACAAGGUAGAACAGAGUGGAGUCACAGGAAGUGCUCACAGAGAGCAGUUUAUCACAAUAGGACAAACAUUUUUGCAAAAGGGGAAAUAUAAGAGCUCAACAGGUCGAUAUAGGUUGAGUGAUGAAUAUGUGAAAGGUUGUUUUUUAUCAAGUUAAAUAUACAAAAGUGUUUAACAGAAUUUUACUAAUGCAUGGACCGAUGAAAUAAAUGAAGCUAUACAGGAAUCAGCCCCAACAUUAAAUCUACUUACAGCUUAAAAAUCAUUGAGUAUUACUAAAACAUGUGAUGCAUGGAGACUCAAACAAUUCACACAUAAAUGUCUUAGAACCAGAGACCAAGUGACAUCACCAGAGGUCCUCGGCCACAGCUGUUUACAGCUCAGGUGGACCGACACAGCACUGGGCACAUGGCUUUAAUGUUGUGGCUGACAAAAACUUGAUUAAGGAUUGUUUCUAAGCACCUGAGUACAAGAAGGACGUGUGCAUACAGCAUUAAACAAGUGUUUAGUGCUGUAUGCUCGCAUUAUAAAGUACCUGAGGCUGUUAAAGUAACGUGAGCAUGAUCUGUAUUCAACAGGAAGUGCUAGCAGCGCUCCAGUGCUGGAGCUCCUUUUGUAUUUUAGGAACUGAUUUUUCUUUUUGUCUCUCCUGUCAGCCUGUGACGCUCAAACUGUUAUCCAAACCAACCAAAUUACUUUAUACUGUCAGCUGUAGCCGACAGUAUAAAGCGCCUUUAGGGAACAGUUGUUGUUAAUUGGAGCUACAUAAAUAAAUCUGAGCUGAAUGA